AUGGGGACUCGCUUCACAGGCGACAGCAAGGACCCUGCUGUCAACGUGACAACAUGGUUCCUGCUUGUCGUUGUCAUUCUCGGGGUUGCUGCUCGGCUUGGAACAAAAUUCCGAAUUUUUCGGAAGCUCACAGUCGAUGACUACUUGAUUAUUGCUUCCUUGGUAGCAUUAUGCGUGACACAGAGUAUCGUCGUGUCUUUGGCGGUUGGUUCGGGUUAUGGAAAGCAUCAUACGAAAGUCUCGAACGCUGACUUUGAUCAAGUCAUGAAGGAUCUCUACGCCGCGUCUCUGCUCUACAUAUCGAGUCUUUGCCUUUCGAAGUUAUCUUUUGUUGUUUUUAUCCGAGGGCUGUCGAUCGCGAAAAAAGACCACUUUCGUUCGACUGUCGUUGUGACUGCAAUCGGUAGUUGGACGGUUGUAUCAUUAAUUGGCAACGCAUUCCAAUGUGGACUACCGAGUACCUGGGACUUUUGGGGAGGAAAAUGUAUCAACUUGACAGCAUGGCGAUACUUCGUUUGCAGCGGCAACAUGGUCACCGAGGCGAUGAUGCUCGCACAGGCCCUACUUCUGAUCUAUCGCGUUCAAGCCUCUCUCAAGAAACGCCUUGUCUUUGCCGGAAUCUUUCUACCAAGGGUUCUGGUAAUCGGAGCAAUAAUCGGGCAGCUCUCCUUCAUCCAUACCACUGCCGACUCGAAUGACCCCACGUAUGACAUGUGUGACAUGACAAUCACCGAAGAGAUGGUGCAGUGCCUGAGUAUUGUGACAGCAUGCUGGGGGCAGCUGAAGCCAUUCCUUACAUGGCUAAAGUCCAAUGGUGGAUUACAAGUUCCAAGCACCGAGGCUACAACCUCAUACAAACUGCAUGACAGAACCUCCCGAUUGCAGUCGCUGUCCAGAUCAAGGAGCAAGCAGAGGAGGGACGUCGGGAUUUUGACACGAAAUGAUUCUCUUGUUGUGUCCGUAAUGCAGGACUGGGAAGUCGAUAGUCAGUCUAGUCAGACACAGAUCAUACGGGAAAAUCAGCAUGGUUGGAUGGGUGAAAGAUCGGAGGUCAUAAUCCAUGCUACGAACAAGCCGUAA